CAACUGUUGUAAUGCUCUCCUCUUUCCAAAACUCUACAGCAAGGGUAUCAGACUGGCGGCAGCUGUUGCAAAACUACAAGUCCCAUCAUGCCCCUGCCUUUGGGAGUCAUACUUGUAACUGUCAAUCUUGCAAUGCCUCAUGGGACUUGUAGUUUGGCAAUAGGUGGAGGGCUGCCAGUUUGACACCCAUGCUCUACAGAUGGGUGUCAAACUGGCGGCCCUCCAGCUGUUGCAAAACUACAAGUCCCAUCAUGCCUCUGCAUUUGGAAGUCAUGCUGGUAACUGUCAAUCUUGCAAUGCCUCAGGGGACUUUGGCAACAGCUGGAGGGCCGCCAGUUUGACACCCGUGGUA